CCCCCGGCCUGGGCCCGGUGAAAGCCCCCUCUCCUUCUCUCCCCCCACCCCGCCCGCCCACUCUCUCCCCCUCGGCCUCUCGCUCCUUCUCUGCAUCUGUCCUCUCUCUCUCUGUCUCUCCUCCUUUCCUGUCUCCGCUCUGUCUCUCUGCUUCUCUAACCUCUCCCCGUCUCUUUCCUCUCGGCUCUGCCUCUGCCUCUCCCCCUCUGGAUUCUCCGUCUCCUCUGUCUCUCCGUCUCUGCCCGCCUCUGUCGCCCUCUCCGUCCCCUCUCCACCCCCUCCGUGCCCUCUCUGCCUCUCUCCCCGUCAGAAGCCCAGCUCGCCCUCGCCCAGGGCCCGCGACCAGGCGGAGGCCGGCGUAGCCACGCCGCCCGCGCGGGGGAAGGAGAGCCCGAGCCCGCGCUCGGCGCCGUCGUCGCAGGGCAGAGGAGGCCGCGCGGCCGGCGGGGCGGCCAGGCGGCGGCGGCGGCGACGGCGGAGGCGGCGGCGGAGGCGGCGGCGCUCGCGGUCCUCGGCGUCCGCGCCCCGCCGCAGGGGCCGCCGGCGCGCCCGUCCUUUCCCCCCCAAGGCGCCCACUCACUCUCCCUAAGUGAGCCCUUCCCUGUCACCGGGCCCCCCUCCGCCCGCUCCUCCCCUGCCCGGGGCCCACUGUCUCCCAGCUGAGCGCCCCCUGUCGCCGUGCCCCUCCUCCAGGGCCAAGGAGCGGCCCCCGCGCGCCCGGCCCGCCAGCACCUCCCCGUCCCCGGGCGCGCACGGCAGGCACGGCGGCCCGGAGGGGAAGAGCUCGUCGCGCAGCCCGGGCCCGCACCCUCGCUCGUGGAGCUCCAGCCGCUCGCCCUCCAAAUCCCGCUCGCGCUCCGCGGAGAAGAGGGCCCGCAGCCCCAGCCGCUCGCCGUCGCCCAAGAAAACCGUGGGCCGGGACAAGGACGGCGAGGGCCGCGCGAGGCACGCCGAGGCCGAGGCCGCCCGCGCCCGGCGCCGCUCCCGCAGCUACUCGCCCAUCCGCAAGCGGCGCCGGGACUCGCCCAGCUUCAUGGAGCCGCGGCGCAUCACCAGUGCCCGAAAGCGUCCCAUCCCCUACUACCGGCCCAGCCCCUCGUCCUCCUCCAGCUGCCUGAGCAGCGACUACUCAAGCCGGAGCCCCAGCCCGGGCCACAGCCACGGAAGCUACAGCAGCCGCAGUCGGACCCGCAGCCGCACUCGCAGCCCUUCCCGGACCCCCAGUCCCAGCUACCACAGCCGGAGCAGCUCAGAGAGCGGGGGCUUCUGAGCCCAGCAGACCCAGUUUCGUGCCCCCUGGCACAGGGAGAGGCGAGGGGUCAGGA